AUGUCUCAUGUCUCACAGGCCCCCUUUAAUAAGAUUGAAACGCUGUUUGAAGACGAUAACGGUUGCUUUUCAGUUGGUGAAUGUCUCUCCCCUGUUCUCACCUGGCAAUCAAGGGACGCUCUUGAGACGGAUAUAGAACAAGGUCCCUUUGCUGAAGAAAGUUCCUACCUUCAGUCUUUAAUAUCAGCACUUACCUCUCAUGCAGAGGAACUCCCACUAACGCCUUACCUAUUCUUCUCGCCACUGCCAAAACCAGCUGAUUAUCCGACAUGGGAUAGCUUUAGAGCAGCUACGGAUAGAAGGGGCGACUUCAUAGGCGUCUGCGAUAAACUCGAGGGUAGCAAGAAUCGACUGGACUACUGCAUCGCAGGUCAGCUACUAGAGGAAAUGGUGCCACGACUGUCAUCUGAUUCGACUGCUUUCACCAUAUCACACCCUGACCUUCAUACUGGAAAUAUAUUUGUCGAUGAAGAUCUAAAUAUCACAAGCAUUAUUGAUUGGGGUUCUGCUACAGCAGGUCCCGUGACUGAGUUGUUAGCGACUCCAGGACUGGCAAGCUCUUCGAAGCUACCUUCAGUAGCUCUCACUGCUACUUUUCAGGCCGGCUUUUCUCAAGAAUCCCCAAACGUCAGCCGAGAUAUGUGGGAGAGAGCUGAGAUGAUGUGGUGUUUUUCUCGCGUGACCGGAGUUGAAAAUCCACCGAACUCAAGAGAUUAUGGUUGGCUGUUUCAUCAGCGGGCUAUGACUCCAAGUAACAAGCAACUUCUCUCCAAACUGAGGGAAGAUGACCUGACAGACGAUGAAGUGAAAGAACGAGAGAAGGUUGGCUGUGGCUAG